CCCGAUUAUCGCACGAUUAUUGCAUACAUGUUGCAUAUAUGUACCCUCAAUGUCAUCGCUCUUCCGCUCUUCCAACUUCCACUCCUUCGCAUUCGCAUGGAGCUCAAAGAUUUAUGUCAAGUUAACAAGCGAUUCAGAAAAAACCUUGGCACCGUUGAUAAUCAAGGUCGGAGACUCGCCUAUCCAACCACCUGGAUUACCGAAGUCGGCGGAAGAGCUUAACGACCUACCUGAGGAAAAAGAGCUGAAACCUGACAGUGAUGAAGAGGCGAGCAUGGGAGUUCGCAAAAUGCGAGUCCCAAGCGCUGAAUUGCUGGAGAAAAUAGCGACAACUGCAAGCCCUUCGAUCAGGGAAGUCUGGACCGAUGAUUUCAUCAUGCGUGCAGCGGCGGACAUUAAAAUAUUGAGGAACGCUCAGUCAGGACAAUAUGGAGAUGAGGUUCAGAUGGCCUGUACCAAUCACAUAGAAUUCGUGGCAUGCCCGGAAGGUAAUGUCAUCGAGGUUGCCAAGGAAUUGGUUCAUCCACGAAUACUGGCGACAAUGGUCAUGUCAGACAUGCUGUAUGAUAACUGGCCGUCUGAGUGUCGCUGUAGUGAAUUGGUGCAGUUAACAUGCGACUCGUUGAAGGAUCUCCAGUUGUGUCCUAAACAAACUUCGUCUGGUUUAAAGAUAAUCUUGGAAACGACCAGCGAACGUGACAUUGGCCAUUUUUCUUAUGCCCCGGUCAGUGACCUUUAUGUGGAGGGGGGCGAUUCACACCCGCUGGUGUUGUGGGGGGAGAUUGAUUCAGAUUGUCAAGGAAGAGAUUUCUCAAAAGCUGUCGCCUCUGUAUACGCCUAUGCGCGAUUCUUGAUCGACCGACGCGUCCUGCAAAACCCCAUUCGUUUCCUCGUUCUCUGCGUGUCGUACAACAUCUCGCGAGAUGGCUUCUUGUCAAAGUUCACCAUCUUUGACGUGGUGAAGAGCGGAGUACAGACGCGGCAAUCAAUGUGGACGUUACGACGUUAUUCACGAAUAUUGAAAACACCGGGUUUCGAGGGAGCAGCAGAGUUCUUAAAAGUGUGUACAGGGCUCCUUGCGGCGAGAAUCGAGCUAGUUCAAGACUCCCUACUUUCCUCUCGCAUCGUCAUGGCGUUCAAAAAGGUCGAUGAGGUUUUCAAGAAACUGCCAACGAAAACUGGUGGAACGCGUAACGAGGACGACGAAGACGAUGACGACGAUGGCGGGAACAACAACGAUGGCGUGAAAGGAGGUGACGGGCAAGGUCCAUCCAAGAAACCUCGAGUUUCGGGACCCGACCGCCCUAAGGGAAAAGACAAAAGUCGUCGCGGAGGUGGUGGUGGUGCGGCAUCCAGCAAGGGACGAAGAGCCACCAAACAUGGUCAGAAAAGGAAUCUGCUUUGCAAAAAACAUCGUUCGAAGUCUAGAGGAUACUGGGAUGCCGAGGAGGAGCCUCACCGGUUCGAAUGGGAAAACGAAUCGGGGUCCUCCCUUGAGGCCUUGUCUCCCGUCGGUACCACCAUCCGACUGGUAGGGCCAAUCGCAGAAGCCUUGGAUCAUAUCAGAAAUUGUCUGGUAAAGCCGGGGGACGUGGUGUUUAUGAAAGAUCGUGAUCAAGGGGAACCUAUAGCGGUGGCUAAGCUGACGAAAAUCCGGGAGGUCAGAGUCCUGAAGGCACUCCAAAUCUACAGCGGCGUGGCCAGGAUUAUCGCAGAGAAGAAAAUCAAAAGAGGUCAGCAUCUCUUGGUUACUCAGUAUGCUGGGCAAAACCUCGAACGCUACUGCUGGGCUGGCGGAGGACCUCGUGCAAUGGAAGUAGUUGUUGCAUUGCUCAACGCCAUGCACAGUAUCCAUAGCGCUGGCUUUGUACAUCUGGAUAUAAAACCUGCCAACAUCGCAGUCCCUGUCAACGUCAACAACUAUGACUCAGCAGUAACGAUCUUGGACUUUGGAGUUGCGGGUAGGGAUACGGAGGACCUUCGUGGACCAACGGGCACAGAUGGUUGGAUGGCCCCAGAGAUGGAAGUGUUCAAGGGGACUGAGAAGAUCGACCUAAAGGCAGCGGAUGUAUGGUCCAUUGGGAAGGUAUUAUUGUUGAUGACCCGUAUCCACCCCUCCUUUGAUGCAGAGCAAAGGAAGUUGGUCUUGACGCUUGCGAUGCAAAUGAUGUCCCCAGAUCCAGACAGUCGACCAUCUUUGGCCAAAGCACUCUGCACUCUACCAAGUUCCAUGCCAGUAGUUUAGAAUAGUCCAUUACAGCUAUUUCUAUAGAGCUUGUCACUCGCCCGGUUUUUUUUGACAUACUGAGCGACUUAGGAAAAAAAGUCUUUCUCUCCCUUGUCCCUCCCAUCCCCCCCGUUUCCCUCUAUCCUCCUCAAACCCGCUCCC